AUGUCGCAGAAAGUCACCUCCAAGAACUUGUCGUACAGCUCCUCGCUCCCGCCGUUCCUCGCAGCCUUGCGGGCCCAAACAUCAGGAAACCUGGGCCCCGACCCUCUAGCCGCAGGCCGACAGCGAUCCGCCAAGAAGCGGUCGAGCAGUGAAGAGGCCGAGGACGCGCCCCAGGUCGUCGACGAGCAUGGCAACGCGUUGAGCAUCGAGGUUGACAAGGACGGUGCCGUCAAGGAACCGCCCGUGCAGGACGACGAGGAAAUCAAAUGCAGCGAUGAUUCUGCGACGAAAUCGGGCGAGAAACGAGAGGCAGAGGCCAAAGUCGCCAUCGGUGGUCGAAAGCGCAAGGUGGGCAGACUGAUCGGAGACGACGGCGUGAACGAGGCCAUGCCGCCAAAGGAGGCGUCGCAGCAACGGAAAAAAGACGACAAGCAAGCCGAGGCCUCGAGGGAGAAAAAGGUCAAGAAAGUGGCAAAGAAAAAGGUCAAGCUCAGCUUUGACCAGGACGACGGUUGA